AUGUCCAGCCCUUUCCACCGACGUCCAAUCUCGGACUACUUCAUAUCAUCUCCGCUGGUCGCCCUGCUUUAUCCCCUGCACCAGGCGUUGCUCCGGCUUCGCGGCUCCCCUCGGCUUCCUCCGCCAGCUGCGCACCCGAUCAGCGUGGUCUGCAUUUCGGAUACUCAUACUCAGAAAUGGCCCGAUGUGCCCGAUGGCGAUCUUCUAAUACACGCCGGGGACCUGGCCAACGAUGGCUCCGUGCGCGAGAUCCAAGCUGCUGUUGAUUGGUUACGUUCCCUUCCGCACAAGCACAAGGUCGUGAUCUGCGGCAACCAUGACGGCUACUUCGACCCGCGAUCACGCCUCGAGGAGGACCGCGAUGAGACUCCCAACGGCUCCUUUGUGGGUGUCUCUGCUUCCACAGCUUCCAUCCACGAGAUCGACGACAGGAACGGCUCCCGCAUCGAUUGGGGAGACAUUCAUUACCUUCAGCACUCCGCCGUUACCCUCGAGUUUAACCCGCCCGAUACGACGUCUGUCUCAGAUGCGAAAACACCCUUGACCCACGCCCAUCCUCGCUUGUUGACGGUCUAUGGUGCACCUCAAAUACCCGCUAUCGUCCCCAUGGGCCCCGAGCAUGCCUUCACCUACCCUCCCAAGUUCGACGCCUGGUCCGGCACUGUCCCUCAGGAAACAGACAUCCUGGUCACUCAUACCCCGCCCCAGGCACACCUCGAUCUGUCUCCGGUCUAUUCCACAGGCUGUCCCAACCUCUUGAACGAAGCCUGGCGUGUUCGGCCCCUCCUGCAUGUCUUUGGCCACAUCCACGAGUCUGCAGGCCGUGAGCCCGUUUUCUGGGACGAAGCCCAGCGUGCUUGGGAGCGUCUCUGCGCGGCGCGGCGCGUACGUGCUCGCUAUAGCCGGGUCGUCGCUCUUGGUGGCUUCUUCCGAGACCUCUUUGAUCCUUCCGGCUGGGUUGAUGCGGCUCGGGUCAUUGUCUACGGUGUGCUGGGCGUCAUCUGGGCUCAGAUAUGGGGUGGUGAGAGUCCCGGGGGCGGGUGGAUGGUGAAUGCGGCAUGCAUGUAUCGCGGGUCUGGGAAACUGGGUAAUCCGCCGCAGGUCAUUGUCCUGUAA